UCUUCGACAGUUGAGGAAGGUCAAGGUUCACGAAUGGCUGUCAGUGAGUCGAUCGUCAUGGCAGAUGUCCCUACCGAAGCUCCAGAACAUUGUCCUGGGACUCAGAGUGAGUCUGCGGGGAAAGCUUCAGCAUGUGCUGGCUGUCCGAACCAGAAUAUCUGUGCGUCCGGGGCCACAAAAGCCCCAGAUCCAGGCAUAGCUCUCGUGAAAGAGCGACUUGAAUGUGUUAAACACAAAAUUCUAAUAUUAUCGGGAAAAGGUGGAGUUGGGAAGAGCACGAUGACCUCGUUGCUCUCGAGGACACUGGCUGCAGACGACCCAGACAGAAACGUCGCUGUUUUGGAUAUUGAUAUUUGUGGGCCUUCACAGCCGAGGGUCCUUGGGGUGCUCGGGGAACAGGUCCAUCAGAGUGGCUCUGGGUGGUCACCGGUCUACAUUGAAGAUAAUUUAUCGUUAAUGUCCAUUGGAUUCCUCCUGGCGAGUCCCAGUGACGCCGUCAUAUGGAGAGGACCAAAAAAGAACGGAAUGAUUCGACAGUUUCUCUCAGAAGUAGACUGGGGAAACCUCGACUAUCUUAUCCUUGACACUCCCCCGGGCACCUCCGACGAGCAUUUAUCCGCCACAACGUAUCUGAAGGGUGCAGGGAUCACUGGAGCUGUUGUGAUAACAACUCCCCAGGAAGUCGCGUUGUUGGACGUCCGGAAGGAAAUUGAUUUCUGCAGGAAAGUGAACAUUCCCAUCCUGGGCACCAUCGAGAAUAUGAGUCUGUUCGUCUGUCCCAAGUGCAAAAACACUGCGGAGAUAUUUCCAGCGUUGACUGGUGGAGCUCGGAAAAUGGCAAAAGAUCUGGAUAUUGAGUUCUUGGGGGCUGUCCCUCUGGAUCCACUGCUGGCGAGGUGCUGCGAUGAGGGGAAGAAUCCACUCACUGACAUGCCUGAGUCACCAGCUGUCGCUGCUGUCAAAACAAUUGUGACCAGAAUAGUCGAGAAGUGCGAAAAAAGUGGGGAGAAUAACACGACUGCUGAGUAGUACGAGGAGUUUUAUAAUAAUCAAUGAAAUGGACUAUUUUUGUCGAAAAUAAAUAUUGUAUUAUAAUCAA